CAAGUGGUCGUCCGCUGCAGCCUGCUGACGAACCAAAAGGUCUUGGCGAUCCGCGACAGCCUGCCGGCCUCGCGGCUCGCGCUGCACGAGGCAGAGUUCUCGCUGGCACACCCGGUCCAGUUCACUUUCGAGGCGUGUGAAAGUCAGAUCUGCCUACUGCUCACGGUACUCGCCUCAAAGGGCGAAUCGGCCGACGGCCUGUCCGGCCAUUCCAGCCUCAAAGGCGCCAGCGUUGAGGCGCCCGGUCCCGCUUGCGCCACCGGCGCAGGAAGCGGCCUCCAGUCUGGUGGUGCCGGCGAACCCGGUCCGGGCGUUGUCUGCAAGGAGAGCCACGUGAUUGGCCGCUGCGUGAUCGGUGCCGAGGGUCUGGCCUACGGCUCGGGCGAGCUGCACUGGCGCGAAGUGACCAGCAAGCGGGGCAACAUUAAGCGGGAGCAUCUUCUACUGUGA